UUUACUUUUUUUUUUUUAUCGUAAUUAUUUAUUAUUAACCUGAACAUUUUUCUCUUUUCUUUAUAAUGAAAGAACUUAUUGAAAAUGUUCCAUCAAAAUCAGAUUAUAAAAAAAGAAGUGAAAAAGUAUGUUUUUCAUAUCCAGGAAACCAAAAUCAUUUUCAAACAGGAUAUUAUGGAAUAGAUGCGGAUGUUUCAAUUGCUGGAACUUUACACAUAAAAUUUUCUUCAUCAAAACCUUUAUUAGCAACUAAAAUUGAGCUCAUUUUAAAAGGAUACGAAAAGGUUGAAUGGGUAGAGACUUAUGGGAAAACAACUAUAACAUAUAGUGCAAAUGACGUAUUUUUAAAUCAACCAUUACAAUUAUGGAAGACAUCAGAUCCUAAUGGAGAUUAUGAAAAAAUUCAAAUUAUGGAUAUACCUUUUGAAAUUAAAUUGCCAGAGAAUUUACCACCUUCAAUUAAAAUUGAUCAAGGUGAAGGGAAAAUCAAUUAUAAAUUAAUUGCUAAUAUUAGUCGUAAAGGAAAUUUAUGGAAAUUUAAAAGAUCUGAAAAAUGUGUUGAAUUAUCCAUUAAUCUUGAUAAAUAUUUUCUUCCUCCAACUGAUUUAAAUCCAUUUAAUUGGUAUCAAUUUAAUGAUUCUGAAGCUAUAUCCCGUGGAUUAGGGUAUAAUAUUACAUUGGAAAAUUCUAUUGGAGGUCCAAAAAUACCUUUUAUUAUAAAUUCUAUAUUGAAAUUUUAUAAUCAAGAUUUUAAAAUUACGAAAAUAUUUUUUGGUAUUAAAGAAUAUCACAAAUUAUCAACUAAAGCAAAUUCCAAAAAAUCAUCAUUUUAUAUAGUAGAAAAAAAUAUUAAAAGAGAAGAAAUUUAUUCAAAUUAUAAUGAUGAAGUUAAAUUACAAACUGAAUUAGAAAUUCCUGAGUGGAUUGAAAAAAAUAAAAAAAAUCCUUGUUGGGAUAUAAAUGAUAGAAAACAUAUUAUUGUUAGUCAUAAAGUUAAAAUUAAAAUUCAUUGUGGGGGAAUAUUUACUAGUAAUAUUAAAUUAGAUAAUGAAGUUGAAAUUAAACAUUUUAUAUUGGAAAAUCAUGGAUGAAAAAAAAAUAAUUGGCUGCGUAAAAAAUUGUUUCGUGUCAUAUAAUUCACGAUGUUCUAUAAAGUCGCAUCUAUAUG